GUCGACUUUCCAGCGCGAGGCGCAGUUCAUCACAAACAAGCCUAUUAUUUUGGUACCUUGUCCAUUCGUUGUUCUCGUUUGCAUUUGGUGUUAUCGCGGGAGGUGACACAGAUACGCUAGCUCCGUUUACCUAUCGUGUAGCUGACAGAAAGCCCAGCCUGGAGUUCCUCAACGCUGAUGGUGAAUAGCCACUGCUGCCGUAACGGGCGGAGGAGAAGAAGCCGCAGAAGGAGUCAGCAGUGGCAGGGGAGCGAUAGUUCGGAGUUUGUCUUAUAGAUUUAGCAGUAUUACGUGUAUCAUCGGAUCCUUACAAACCCCAGAAGGGAAAGGAAGGGGAAAAUAAGUAAAGAUGGCGGCCGCGGCCUCGCCGGGCUCCGGCUCGUCCACCUCCUCAGACUGGAUUGUACUGAGAGACGGUUGCCUGCGUUGCGACGAGGUGGGCCUGCGAAGCCUCUCCUACCACCCGGCCCUCAACGCUAUCUUGGCCGUUACCAGCCGCGGCAGUAUCAAAGUAAUUGAUGGCACUUCGGGGGCCAUUCUCCAGGCUUCAGCGUUGCACGCUAAACCUGGUGGUCGUGUCAGGUGUCAGUACUUCGCUGCAGUGGACAAGGUACUUUUUGUGGAUGACUAUGCAGUUGGAUGCAGGAAGGACCUGAAUGGCAUCCUGCUCCUGGACACAGCUCUCCAGCCUCCAGUGGCCAAGCCUGAGGAUAUGGUUCAGCUGGAACUGCCGGUCACAGAGGCCCAGCAGAUGCUGUCAGCUUGUCAGGAAAAGAUUGAUGUGUGCAACACAGAAGGCUAUGAACUCUUUAUCACCCAGCUCAAAGAAGGCCUGAAGAAUACCUCACACGAGACAGCAGCCAAUCACAAAGUGGCUAAGUGGGCGACAGUGACCUUCCAUCUUCCCCACCACGUACUGAAGCUGGUGGCCAGCGCCAUCGUCAAUGAGCUGAAGAAGAUCAACCAGAACAUAGCUGCCUUGUCUGUGGCCUCAUCCAUCAUGGACAGGCUCUCCUACCUCUUGUCAAGCGCCAGGCCUGAGCUCGGGGUGGGCCCCGGGCGCUCUGUAGAUAGAUCUUUGAUGUACAGUGAGGCCAACAGGAGGGAGACAUUUACAUCGUGGCCACAUGCUGGGUACAGGUGGGCUCAGCCUGAUCCAAUGGCUCAAGCAGGGUUUUACCACCAGCCUGCCUCAACAGGGGAUGACAGAGCCAUGUGUUUCACCUGCAGCGUGUGUCUGGUCUGUUGGGAACCUACAGAUGAGCCGUGGUCCGAACACGAGCGACAUUCUCCCAAUUGUCCAUUUGUGAAGGGUGAGCAUACACAGAAUGUGCCGCUGUCAGUGACACUGGCAACCAGCCCCGCCCAGUUUCCCAACAGUCCCGACAGUUCAGACAAGAUCGUCUGCUACGGCUUUGGCAGCUGCCCGCAGUUCCUGGCUGCUGCCACCAAGAGGGGCAAAAUCUGCAUCUGGGAUGUCUCCAAAAUGAUGAAGGUGCACUUGAAGUUUGACAUCAAUCCGUAUGACCCGGCCAUCCUGAGGCAGCUGAUCCUGUGUGGUGGUGAGCAGAGCCAGCAGACACUGACCGAGUCACGGAGACCAACUCUGGCCUGGCUCGAGGAGUCAUCCUCCUGCUCUGACCUGCCAAAGCUAGAGGGAGACAGUGAUGACCAGUUGGAGGAUUCAGACAGUGAUGAGCAUUCCCGAUCAGAGUCAGUAACAGGCCAGCAGUCACAGUGGGAGAGCAUGGAUGUGAGCCUAGGGCUGACGGCGCUGAGUGUGCUCCAGCAGCCAGAGAAGCUCCAGUGGGAGGUGGUGGCCAGUGUGCUCGAGGACACGGUCAAGGACCUGGAGGAGCUCGGCUCCAAUCCCUCACUAAACCAAGCCAAGGCCCACAGCCAGGCCAAAGCAAAGGACAAGGUCCCUGACCACCACAACAUUCCUUUCCCCUGCCUUCUGGCCGGAGGCCUGCUCAGCUACCGCUCAGCAUCCAGCACCCCCAUGGCUGGACCCCCACCCACAGCCCCAGCUACAACACGCAGGACCACAGAUGGUCCCCUUAGGACUCAAGGCCCUGAGCCCUUCCACCCUGGGCCUCUGCAGGACCAGGGCCCCAUGGAGAUAGAGACCUGCAACCCCCAGACUGCAGCCCAGGAGCAGGGCUUCUCUAACCACACAGGCUCCCAACCUCCAAGCCCCUCUUCUCUGACGGCUAUGCGCAGGACUAUACCUGUGCUGCUGCUAUACAGUAUCAGGGAGGUGGAUGACAAGUCCUCAGGGCAGGUGUUUGCUCAAAUGAACAACUUAAUGAGCAAGGGGCUCCACGAGGAGGGCUUCACUGUGCCACAGAUUAUAGAAAUGGAGUUCGACACACACGAGCAACUUCUUCUUCAGGAUCCUCCCAUCACGUACAUUCAGCAGUUUGCAGAUGCAGCGACUAAUCUGACAGGGUUAGACGGCCAUGUAGACAAAUGGAGCACACUGGGUACAGCAACUGUCUCUACCCCGCCACGACCUGGAGCACUGGUGCAGUGCUUGAGGCUACCCAAACAGCUGGAAGAAGAGAAUCUUUAUGUGGACUCUAUCACGCCCUGCUGGGACGGUGUGCACCUUCUGGUUGGCCUGCAACCAUCCGGCGCUGAAUCUCUGAGCGCUACAAACCAAGUGGAGGCCCUCAACAAUCUCAACCGUCUGCACUCUGCCCUCUGCAGCCAGCGCAAAGGAGACCCCCUACACCCAGUGGCCAAUGGGGUGGAAGGCCACCACCCAGGCGAUUCACCACCUCAGACACCCCUCAUCCUGCCUCCAGGAGACCAGCAGCAGCUGCAGCAGAGGUCCCCGAGUGGUGGGAGUGGAGGCUAUCUUGCACUCUACAAGCUCAACUACUCCACCCGUAUUGUCACCUUGGAUGAGGAACCUGUUAAGGUGCAGCACAUCUGGGACCCUUGUGAUGCUAUCACCUCUCUUAUAUUGCUUCCUCCAGAUGUGCUUGAUAGCAGGGAGGAUGACAGUGAAGAGGCUCCUGAGGAGGCUCUCCCCUCCGGGUCCAAAAAUGGCUCAUCUGGGUUUGGAAUGGGCCCAGCAGGCCGUGCUGGCUCUGUAACUGGGACUGCAUGUGGAGCAGCCACAACCAGCAGCAGCGCUACGGUCUCCAGUCCCUUCACCUCUGCCUCGAUCCACAAAGAGUGCAAGCGGUUAGAGGUGGCAGGCCUGGGUCACCUGGUGGUGACCACACGGGCCGGGUACAUUAUGAUACUGGACCUGUCCACGUUGGAGGUCCUGGCCAAGGUGGAGCCGCCUAAGAAGGAGGGGUCAGCAGAGGAGAUGGACCCCUUUGUCUCAGUUACCUAUUGCACUGGGACAGACCGCCUUUGUGCCUGUACCAAAGGUGGAGAACUUCAUUUCCUUCAAAUUGGAGGUGUGUGUGACGAAAUAGAUGAUGGAGACAUGUUUAUUGAUGGCCCCCUUUUUAAAGGGGCUGACCUGCUGCUUGAGGGGGCCAAGCCCUCCUCCAACCCCUCUAGCCCUGGGAUCACAGGAGUGGACCUCCUUGUGGACCAACCACUGACCACAGAGAGCCUGAUGUCGCUGGUGGAGCUGACACGCUUCGAGACGUUGACACCCCGCUUCUCGGCCACAGUGCCACCGUGCUGGGUGGAGGUGCAGCAGGAGCAGCAGCAGCGACGCCACCCACAGCACCUUCACCAGCAGCACCAUGGAGAUGCAGCCCAACACACCCGCACCUGGAAGCUUCAAAGUGAUAGCUCCAGCUGGGAUGAGCAUGUGUUUGAGUUGGUGCUGCCCAAGGCCUGCAUGGUGGGCCAUGUAGACUUCAAGUUUGUCCUGAAUGCCAACAUCGUCAACAUUCCUCAGAUCCAGGUCACUUUACUGAAGAACAAAGCACCUGGGCUGGGCAAAGUCAGCGAGACAGCGGUGGACAGACAGAUCUCCUUCCCCCUCUCCAACGUCGUCCAUGCCAAUGGGGAGAGGAACGGCCAGCCUCUGCUCCAAGACUUCACAGAGGACAUCCAGUUUAUGGACAUAGAGGAGACAUCAGGCUCCAUGCUGUGUCCAUUCCUAGAAGACCACAAGGAGGACAUCCUGUGUGGUCCAGUGUGGCUGGCCAGUGGGCUGGACCUAUCUGGUCACGCGGGCAUGCUCAGCCUUACCAGCCCCAAGCUGGUCAAAGGCAUGGCAGGAGGGAAGUACCGCUCCUUCCUGGUUCACAUCAAAGCAGUGAGUGACAGGGGCAUGGAGGAGAGCCCCCGGCCUGUGUUGAGAAUGCCCAGUGCCAAGCCCCAAGGCACCAAAGCCCACUCACUGUCUACCCUGCUGCAACGGGCUCAGGCCUCCAAGGAGAAGGUCUCUGCAGUGAAAAUGGAGAGCCCAGCACCCUCGAAGAAAGUAGAAAACCUGCGAGGCUGUGACCUGCUGCAGGAAGUUUCAGUCACAAUCAGAAGGUUUAAGAGGACGUCAAUACCCAAAGAAAGGGUUCAACGGUGUGCUAUGCUGCAGUUCCUAGACUUCCACGAGAAGCUGCUGGACGCGCUGUGUCAGCGGACAGAGGGCAGCCCGGCCACUGAGCACGCCCAAAGUCUAAUUCUAGACAUCUUGUGUUGGCUGGCCGGGGUUUUCUCCAGCGGACCCUGCUGCGUAAGAGAAGGAAAGGAGGGCCUGCUGGUGAAAACCCGGACACGGCUAACCGAUAUUGUGCGCAUGUGUUUCUUCGAAGCCGGCCGGAGCAUAGCACACAAAUGUGCUCGCUUUCUUGCACUUUGUAUUAGCAAUGGGAAAGGGGACCCAAGUCAACAGGGUUUUGGCGUAAAUCUUCUGAAGGCUCUGCUAGACAAUAUGCCUUACUUGCCUGCAGCAACAACAGGUGGCUCGGUGUUCUGGUUCUUUGUGUUGCUGAACUAUGUGAAGGAAGAGGACCUGGCAGGCUGCAGCACAGCCUGCGCCUCGCUGCUCACCGCCAUCUCUCGACAGCUGCAGGACCGCCUCACCCCGCUGGAGGCACUGCUGCAGACCAGGUACGGCCUGUACAGCUCUCCGUUUGACCCGGUGCUCUUUGACCUUGAGGUCAGUGGUUCCUCCUGUAAGAAUGCCUUCAACAGCAGCAUCGGAGUCCAGUCAGAUGAGAUCGACCUCUCUGACAUUCUCUCAGGGAAUGGAAAAGUGAGCAGCUGUGCAGCAGCAGAAGGCAGCUUCACAGCAUUAACAGGACUCCUGGAGGUGGAGCCUUUGCACUUUACUUGUAUCUCCACUAGUGAUGGCACACGGGUGGAGCGAGAUGACGCCAGCAUGUUCACUGUGAGUACAUUUGGCGUGACGCCUGCUGUGGGCGGCCUGUCGACAGGAACGGUUGGUGAAGCUUCUACAGCUCUAAGCUCUGCUGCCCAAGUGGCGCUCCAAUCACUGUCCCACGCCAUGGUGUCUGCGGAGCAGCAGCUGCAGGUCCUGCAGGAGAAACAACAGCAGCUGCUGAAGCUGCAGCAGCAGAAGGCCAAGCUGGAGGCUAAGCUGCAUCAGACCACCUCUGCAGCCGCCGCUGCCUCCGGUGUGGGGCCCAUCCACAACUCUGUGCCUUCCAACCCCUCCUCCGCUCCGGGCUUCUUCAUUCACCCCUCUGACGUCAUCCCCCCGACACCUAAAACCACGCCCCUCUUCAUGACCCCUCCUCUUACGCCGCCCAACGAGGCGGUGUCGGUGGCCUUUAGCGCUGAGCUGGCUCACCUGUUCCCCGGCUCCAUGAUGGACCCUGGGCCUGUCAACCUGGCCGCACACAAGAACACACAGAAACCCAAGCCGAGCCCCAUGGGCAGUGGUCUGGCUUUAGCCAUUUCCCAGGCGUCUCACUUCCUGCAGCCUCCUCCACACCAAUCCAUCAUCAUAGAGCGGAUGCACUCUGGAGCUCGUCGCUUUGUAACGCUGGACUUUGGCCGUCCUGUCCUGCUGACUGAUGCUCUGAUCCCUACCUGUGGCGACCUGGCCUCUCUGUCCAUAGACAUCUGGACACUGGGUGAGGAGGUGGAUGGCCGCAGGCUGGUGGUGGCCACCGACAUCAGCACCCACUCCCUGAUUCUGCACGACCUGCUGCCACCACCUGUCUGCAGGUUCAUGAAGAUCACUGUGAUUGGGCGCUAUGGCAGCACCAAUGCUCGGGCAAAGAUCCCACUGGGCUUCUACUAUGGCCACACUUACAUCCUGCCGUGGGAAAGCGAGCUUAAGUUGAUGCAUGAUCCUCUGCGGGGAGAGAGUGAAGCGGCCAGUCAGCCGGAUGUGGAUCAGCACUUGACCAUGAUGGUGGCACUGCAGGAGGACAUCCAGUGCAGGUACAAUCUAGCUUGCCAUCGGCUGGAGACCCUUCUGCAGAACAUCGACCUGCCGCCUCUCAACAGCGCUAACAAUGCCCAGUACUUCUUACGAAAACCAGACAAGGUGGUGGAGGAGGACCAGCGUGUUUUCUCAGCCUACCAGGACUGCAUUCAGCUGCAGCUGCAGCUCAACCUGGCUCACCAUGCCGUCCAGCGGCUGUGUGUGUCACUGGGCGCCAGCCGCAAGUCGCUCCCCACAGCCACGGCUCCAGAGGCCCAGGAGCUGGUCCACAACUCCUCUACAGAGCAGCUGAGGACGAUCAUCCGCUACCUGCUGGACACACUGCUCAGCCUGCUGCACUCCAACAACGGCCACUCUGUGCCCUCGGUGCUCCAGAGUACCUUCCAUGCCCAGGCCUGCGAGGAGCUCUUCAAACACCUUUGCAUCAGUGGAACACCUAAGAUCCGUCUUCAUGCCGGCCUGCUAUUGGUGCAGCUCUGUGGAGGCGAGCGCUGGUGGGGCCAAUUCCUCUCCAAUGUACUGCAGGAGCUCUACAACUCUGAACAACUGCUUAUCUUCCCUCAGGACAGGGUGUUCAUGCUCCUGUCCUGCAUUGGCCAAAGAUCCUUGAGUAACAGUGGUGUGUUGGAGGGCCUCCUGAACCUCCUGGACAGCCUGCUGUCUCCAUUGCAGCAGCCACAAGCUGCUGCCCAGCGCAGGACUGAAGGUGUUUUGGAUAUCCCCAUGAUCAGUUGGGUAGUGAUGUUGGUUUCCAGGCUGUUGGACUAUGUAGCCAGUAUAGAAGAUGAGGCCUCAGGUGGGAAAAAGCAGCUUGGAGGGAAAGAGCGGGAGAGAACUUUUACAGGUAUUCAGUGGAGCUUUAUCAAUAACAGCCUUCAGUCUCAGAACUCCAGCAGGUCAGCCAAAGGCAGCAGCAGUCUGGAUCGACUCUACUCCCGCAAGAUCCGCAAGCAGCUCGUCCACCACAAGCAGCAGUUAAAUCUAUUGAAAGCAAAACAGAAAGCUUUGGUGGAGCAGAUCGAGAAGGAGAAGAUCCAGAGCAACAAGGGCUCCUCUUACAAAUUGCUGGUGGAACAGGCCAAGCUCAAACAAGCCACAUCCAAGCACUUUAAAGACCUGAUCCGUCUGCGGCGGACAGCCGAAUGGCCUCGCUCCACGUUGGACACGGAAUCCACAACAGCCAAAGAAGCCCCAGAAGUAGAAACUCUGCCCUUUACGCUGUCCCAUGAACGCUGCAUCUCUGUGGUGCAGAAGCUGGCCCUCUUCCUCCUUUCCAUGGACUUCACCUGCCACGCUGACCUGCUGCUCUUUGUUUGCAAAGUCCUUGCUAGGAUAGCCAACGCCACGAGACCCACAAUCCACCUGUGUGAGGUGGUAUCUGAGCAGCAGCUGGAGCGUCUGCUGCUCCUGCUUGUGGGGACCGACUUUAACCGGGGGGAUAUCUCCUGGGGGGGAGCCUGGGCACAGUAUUCCCUCACGUGUAUGCUACAGGACAUCCUGGCAGGUGAACUGCUUUCUCCGGGCUCUCUGGAUGUCAUGGAUGAGGUGGCGGUGGGUGAGGAGGCUGGGGCGUCGUCCUCCUCAGCGGGUGCCGAUUCGGACGACUCUCUGCCCCAUCCGGCACCCAUUCCCCUGGUAGAGAGCAUCGAUGAAGCCCUGGUGCCUGAUAUCAUCGCAGGUACUACCGGGAACUCUUCAGUAUUCCAAAGUGCUCCACCACCUCUGUCAUCUUUGGAAAAAGAUAAAGACAUAGACUUUGACUUGCUACAAGACCUGAUGGAUGUUGAUAUUGAUCCUUUAGAUAUUGAUUUGGAAAAAGAUCCACUUGCUGCCAAAGUGUUUAAGCCUAUAAGCAGCACCUGGUAUGACUACUGGGGUGCUGACUAUGGCACGUAUGGGUACAACCCGUACAUUGGAGGGGUUGGUAUCCCAGUGUCCAAACCUCCAGUUGCUGCUGAAAAGCCUGGGUCACAGGGUCUGUCAGUCUCCGUGUCACAGGCACUGGAUGCCCGGCUAGAAGUGGGCUUGGAGCAGCAGGCUGAACUGAUGCUCAAAAUGAUGGCAACUCUACAGGCUGACUCCAUUCUACAGGCCCUCACUUCAAGCUCAUCCACAGUGAGCCAGGCCUCCAACGGAACUGAUGACUCCCUGCUGAGGGCACUCCAUGGAGGAGGCUCUCCUCCUGGUAGCAGCUUGAUGGUCCAGCCCUCGUCCAUCCCCAUGUUGAGUGCCUGCUUCAACAAGCUCUUCUCCAUGCUGCAGGUCCACCACGUACAGCUGGAGUCCCUGCUGCAACUGUGGUUAACACUGAGUCUCAACACAUGUUCUGGUGGCAGUGAAGAGAGCGGAUCAGACAUCUUCCUGUUCAACGCCAGCCGAGUGCCCACCAUCCCACUCAACCAAGCAUCCAUCAGCAGUUUCCUAACAGUGCUGUCGUGGUACCCCAACACCUCGCUGAGAACGUGGUGUCUGGUGCUGCACUCUCUCACCCUGAUGACUAACAUGCCAGCCUGUGCCUCCAGCAACGGGAUGAGCUCUCAGGAAAGCACAGCACAACAGUUGGUGUCUGAUCCCACUCUGGUUCAUGUCCUGGUGCGCUUCCUGUCUGGCAGCAGCACCAACGGGACGAGCCAGCACAGCUCUCAGGUGGGACCCACCGCCACCCAGGCCAUGCAUGAGUUUUUGAGCCGCCUGCAGGUCCACCUGUCCUCCACCUGUCCACAGAUGUUCAGCGAGUUCCUGCUCAAACUCAUGCACAUCCUGUCUACUGAGAGGGGUCCGUUCCAGUCAGGCCAGGGUCCACUGGACGCCCAGGUGAAACUGCUGGAGUGUACUCUAGAGCAAAACUUCGAGGUGGUGUCGGUGGCCACCAUCUCCUCCGUCAUCGAGUCCAUCACAUUCUUAGUUCACCAUUACAUCACCUGUUCAGACAAACUGGUGUCCCGCAGUGGCUCAGACAGCUCUGUAGGUGCUCGGGCUUGUUUUGGUGGCCUGUUUGCCAAUAUCAUUCGGCCAGGAGAUGCAAAGGCUGUCUGUGGAGAGACAACGCGCGACCAGCUGAUGUUUGACCUCCUCAAGCUGGUCAAUGUGCUGGUGCAGCUGCCUCUAUCCGGGGACAGAGAGUUCAGUGGACGGCUGCCACCGGCUGGCAGCGGGGCAGCUGAUAGCAGUGUGUCGGACGAGGAGAAGGUCUGUGGCAGCAAAGAAAGCGUGGCUGGUGGAUCCGCGUCCAGUCAGGGUCCUCCUGCAGGUGUUGCAGACCUGGUGUUAGCUAAUCAACAGAUUAUGAGCCAAAUCUUGUCAGCACUGGGACAGUGCAACAGCAGUGCCAUGGCCAUGAUCAUAGGAGCUAGCGGUCUCCACUUGACCAAACAUGAGAACUUCCAUGGCGGUCUGGAUGCCAUCUCAGUGGGUGACGGCCUCUUCACCAUCCUCACAACCCUCAGCAAGAGGGCCACCUCAGUCCAGGUCAUGUUACAGCCCAUCCUCACAUACAUGGCCUGUGGUUAUAUGGGCAGACAGGGGUCUCUUUCCACCUGUCAGCUGUCUGAGCCUCUUCUGUGGUUCAUCCUCCGAGUAUUGGACACCAGCGAGGCUCUCAAGGCCUUCCAUGACAUGGGUGGUGUGCAAUUGAUCUGUAACAACAUGGUGACCAGUACCCGGGCCAUUGUGAACACAGCACGCAGCAUGGUGUCCACCAUCAUGAAGUUCUUAGAUUCAGGUCCUGGAAAGGCAGCAGAUGGCAACCUGAAAACCAGAGUGAUGACCUCAGAGCCAGACAACGCAGAGGGACUCCACAACUUUGCUCCUUUAGGCACCAUCACAUCCAGUAGUCCCACAGCGCAGCCAGCAGAGGUCCUCCUCCAAGCCACGCCGCCCCACCGCCGGGCCCGCUCUGCAGCCUGGUCCUACAUCUUCCUGCCGGAGGAAGCCUGGUGUGACCUCACCAUCCACCUUCCUGCUGCUGUGCUGCUGAAGGAGCUCCACAUCCAGCCACACCUCGCCUCUCUAGCCACAUGCCCAUCCUCGGUUUCGGUGGAAAUCAGCGCUGACGGGGUCAACAUGUUGCCACUCUCUACACCAGUCAUCACCAGCGGCCUGACAUACAUAAAGAUCCAGUUGGUGAAGGCGGAGGUUGCAUCGGCUGUCUGCCUGAGGCUGCACCGGCCUCGUGAUGCCAGCACCCUGGGUCUGUCUCAGAUCAAACUCUUGGGGUUGACUGCUUUCGGUAACACCUCCUCUGCAACUGUCAACAAUCCCUUCCUGCCUUCUGAGGACCAGGUCUCUAAAACCAGCAUCGGGUGGCUGCGUCUUCUCCACCAUUGCCUCACCCACGUUAGUGACCUGGAGACCAUGAUGGCCAGUGCUGCAGCACCCACCGCAAACCUGCUGCAGACCUGCGCCGCGCUGCUCAUGUCACCUUACUGCGGCAUGCACUCGCCCAACAUUGAGGCUGUGCUGGUCAAGAUCGGCCUGCAGUCCACUCGCAUUGGACUCAAACUCACUGACAUUCUGCUGAGGAACUGUGCUGCUUCUGGCACCGAUCCUGCCAAUUUGAACAGUCCUCUGCUGUUUGGGCGACUUAACGGCCUCUCUUCAGACUCCACCAUCGACAUUCUGUACCAGCUGGGCACCACACAGGACUCUGGAACCAAAGACAGGAUCCAGGCUCUUCUCCAGUGGGUCCAUGACUCAUCGCGGGUGGCGGCCCAAAAGAUGAGCGGCCCCAUGGGAUACACUGGCGCCGGCGCUGGGUCUUCCUCAGCUUCGUUGAGGGAAUACGGCCUCCUUAUGCCUUCACCCUCCCACCUCCACUGUGUGGCAGCCAUCCUGUGGCACAGCUAUGAGCUGCCUGUUGACUACGACCUGCCUGCACUGCUCAACAGAGAGCUCUUUGAGCUGCUGUAUAACUGGUCCAUGUCGUUGCCGUGCAACAUUGUGCUGAAGAAGGCCGUAGACAGCCUGCUGUGCUCCAUGUGUCACAUUCACCCCAGCUACUUCUCCCUGCUCAUGUCCUGGAUGGGGAUCGUCUCAGUGCCCAGUGCCAGUCACUCUCAAGCCCAGCACCACCGCCUCGCUAUGACUGAUGACGGCAAAAAGCAGCACGACGCCAACACCAGCGCUGCGGGACUUACUGACGAUUCCAAGCAUGCAAGACCCCACAUUUAUCUGUCGGAGUCCCAGUUAACCACGCUGGCAGCUGCCUCCCAGUCUCCAGGAGCCAUAGAGCAGCUGCUGGACUCAGGCUUACCCUCCCUGCUGGUUCGCAGCCUGGCCCAGUUCUGUGUCGGCCUCCUGGCCAUUGCCGACCUGCCUCUGCCCGCUGCCCAGUCAGAAAGACGACAUCACCAUCACCACUACCACUCAUCGUCCUCAUCCUCGCACAGUCGGCCGCCUCUGGCUGCAGAGCUGGCCGCUCCGGUGCUGCGCUUCCUGACUGAAGUAGGCAACAGUCAUGCCAUGAAAGAUUGGUUAGGAGGACCAGAGGUCAACCCGCUGUGGACAGCAUUGCUUUUUCUGCUGUGCCAUUCCAGUGCCAGUGCAAGUGCCAGUGCCAAUGCAGGCUGUCAGCCUCUGGGCUCUGGAUCUGCUGCAAGUCCCUCUCCAUCCCAGCCUCAGCCUUCAGGGUCACGCUUCUCCCUAGUGUCUUCUGGGCAGGCAGGAGGACUCACCACCCAGCAGAGGACAGCUCUGGAGAAUGCCACUGUGGCCUUCUUUCUCCAGUGUAUCUCCUGCCACCCUAACAACCAGCGGCUCAUGGCACAGGUUCUCUGUGAGCUCUUCCAGUCUGCACCCCAGCGAGGCAACGUGCCGAUCUCUGGAAACAUCUCAGGCUUCAUUCGUAGGCUUUUCCUGCAGCUCAUGCUGGAGGAUGAGAAGGUCACAGUCUUCCUACAGUCUCCCUGUCCGUUAUACAAAGGACGCAUCAAUGCCACCAGCCACAUGAUCCAGCAUCCCAUGUAUGGAGCAGGCCACAAGUACCGAACCCUCCAUCUGCCCAUCUCCACUACGCUGGCUGAAGUUCUGGAUCGGGUGUCGGACACGCCCAGUAUUACAGCCAAGCUGAUCAAUGAGCAGAAGGAGGACAAGGAGAAGAAGAAUCAUGAGGAGAAGGAGAAGAUGAAAGCAGACAGCGGCUUCCAGGACAACUACAGUGUUGUUGUGGCCUCAGGCUUGAAGUCCCAGUCCAAGCGAGCUCUUUCAACCCCUCCCCGACCUCCGUCAAGAAGGGGUCGCGUGAUGAGCGACAAGUUGACAGCUUCGUCUGGUGUGGACCCUUCAGCCAAAACCAUCAGUGUGCCUGUCUUCCACCUCUACCACAAGCUUCUUCCAGGUCAGCCCCUCCCACCUGAGAUGACCCUGGCCCAGCUACUGACACUACUGUAUGACCGCAAGCUGCCACAGGGCUACCAGUCCAUCAACCUGACAGUCAAACUGGGCUCCAAGGUCAUCUCUGACCCAGGCCUUUCCAAGACAGACUCCUUCAAGAGGCUACGCACUGAGAAAGGUCCUUUCUUUGCUCUCCUUGCAGUGGAUCACUGUGACUUGCUGAACAGCUGUCCAGAGGACGAACCAAGGACCGCUAGUGAGGAAUGUCUGGACGCUGCCACUGAUGAGUCCCUGUUGGAGACCAACCCCAUCCAGUCACCGCUGCAGGUCUUUGCAGGCAUGGGUGGCCUUGCCCUUAUCGCAGAGAGGCUGCCCAUGCUCUACCCUGAUGUCAUUCAGCAGGUCAGUGCCCCAGUGGUGCCCUCCGCCACACAGGAGAAGCCCAAGGACAACGACCAGUUCGAGUGGGUAACCAUCGAGCAGUCGGGUGAGCUGGUGUAUGAGGCGCCAGAGUCAAUUGCCGCCGAGCCACCGCCCAUCAACAAGCAGCAGUCCCAGUCGUCCUCGUCUUCAUCGUCCUCAGUGCAGACCAUGUCACCCAUCCCUGCCCACUCACUGGCUGCUUUCGGCCUGUUCCUGCGCCUGCCAGGGUACGCAGAGGUGCUGCUGAAGGAGAGGAAGCACGCCCAGUGUCUAUUGCGCCUGGUGCUGGGUGUCACAGACGAUGGAGAGGGCAGUCAUAUCCUGCAGUCUCCGUCAGCCAACGUGUUGCCCACGCUGCCGUUCCACGUCCUGCGAGCGUUGUUCAGCAGCACUCCUCUGACCACUGACGACGGCGUGCUGCUACGCCGCAUGGCUCUGGAGAUCGGUGCCAUCCACCUCAUCCUGGCCUGUCUGUCGGCUCUCAGCCACCACGCCCCCCGUAACCCCAACGCCAGCACCAGUGUAUCUGAGCCACAGAUAUCCAGUUGUCACGGUGGGGGGACCAGUGAGGAGCAGCAGCUGUACUGGGCUAAAGGAACUGGUUUUGGUACUGGAUCCACAGCCUCAGGCUGGGAUGUGGAGCAGGCCCUCACCAAACAACGGCUUGAAGAGGAACACGUCACGUGUCUACUGCAGGUCUUGGCAAGUUACAUCAACCCAGCAGGCUCCAGCAGCUGCCACAGUGCUGAUGCCUCCUCAGCAGACAGCAGAGCCCACAACAGCUCAGCACUGCCAGCAGUGCUGCAGGAGCUGCUGAGCCAGUCCUGCCUCAUCCCUGCCAUGUCCUCCUACCUACGCAAUGACUCAGUUCUGGAUAUGGCACGCCAUGUGCCACUAUAUCGGGCACUAUUGGAGCUACUGAGGGCCAUUUCCACCUGCACGGCCCUGGUUCCUCUACUGCUGCCUCUCUCCGGAGACCCGGGGCAGGACGAGGAGGAGGAGGAGGAGGAUGAAGAACACUCUGAGGGACAGACCUCUGUUGGGAUGCUGUUGGCCAAGAUGAAGACAUGCGUGGACACAUACACCAAUCGCCUCAGGUCAAAAAAAGAUAAGAGUAAAGGUGUGGUGAAGACAGAUAGCUCAGAUCCAGAACCUGAGGGUUUGACUCUGCUGGUGCCUGACAUCCAGAGGACAGCUGAGAUAGUCUACGCUGCGACUACCAGUCUACGGCAGGCCAACCAGGAGAGGAAGCUGGUGGAGUCUUCAAGGAAGGCGUCAAGUCGGCCCAAGCCCCUGUCCAUUCUACGCUCUCUAGAGGAAAAAUAUGUAGCUGCCAUGAAGAAGUUGCAGUUCGACACCUUUGAAAUGGUCUCAGAGGAUGAGGAUGGAAAAGUGAUGUUCAAGGUCAACUAUCACUACAUGUCUCAGGUGAAGAAUGCUAGCGAUACAAACAGUGCAGCCCGAUCCCGCCGCCUCGCCCAGGAGGCCGUCACCCUGUCCACCUCUUUGCCCCUGUCAUCCUCUUCCAGUGUCUUUGUCUGCUGUGAUGAGGAGAGACUGGACAUCAUGAAGGUUCUCAUAACAGGUCCAGCCGACACCCCAUACGCCAAUGGCUGCUUUGAGUUUGAUGUGUAUUUUCCACAGGACUAUCCCAACUCGCCUCCACUGGUCAACCUGGAGACCACUGGCGGACACAGUGUGCGCUUUAACCCUAACCUCUACAAUGAUGGCAAAGUAUGUUUAAGUAUCCUCAACACAUGGCAUGGUAGACCAGAGGAGAAAUGGAACCCACAGACCUCAAGCUUUUUACAGGUGCUAGUGUCAGUGCAGUCCCUCAUUCUGGUGGCUGAGCCCUACUUCAAUGAGCCAGGGUAUGAACGCUCCCGCGGGACCCCCAGUGGCACCCAGAGUUCACGGGAAUACGAUGGCAACAUACGGCAGGCCUCUGUCAAAUGGGCUAUGCUUGAACAGAUGCGCAACCCCUCGCCAUGCUUCAAAGAGGUGAUCCACAAACACUUCUACCUAAAGCGAACAGAGAUCAUGUCUCAGUGUGAGGAGUGGAUUGCUGACAUCCAGCAGUACAGCAGCGACAAGAGAGUCGGCCGCACCAUGUCCCAUCAUGCUGCUGCACUAAAGAGACAUACAGCUCAGCUCAGAGAGGAACUUCUGAAGCUGCCCUGCCCCGACGGUCUGGAGCCUGACGGCGUCGAGUUCUCAGAGAGGAGCGCCGCCCUCAUCCUCAAAGAGCUGCCCAGUCAGGACGCAGAAAAGCCGGGUGGCAGCCAGGACAGCCACUGCAGUGAGGGACAACUAUGAGUCCCCGCCCCUUGCCCCCCUCCCGUCCCAGCAUCUCCAACCCUCCCCCCUCCUCCUUAUGAUAAUUACUCUCGAAAAGACUCAAUGGCUUCAGAGCACAAGCCUCCUCUUUGUCAAUAUUUGUAUGUAAAGAUCUAAUAGCAGAAUAGCAGAGAACAAUGGGACGUGGGGAUUCAGAAUGCGAUGAGAUGAACUCUGAACUAUGCUACACCCUUAUUGAAAACAGUCGACAAAAACUUUUAUUUACCUGUAAAAGAGUGUAAACAUUUUGUGCUUUUUUCCAAUUGUGAAAUAACCACUGAUUGGUAUGUUAUUAAACUUGUUUAUGUAUACAUAAUGGCAGAGGAAAAUUACAGAUUAUAUAAGGGAAACUACGUUUAGACAAAAAUGUUUACUGAAUGUUUUUUUUUUUUUUUUUUUUGGACUGUUAAAGAGAAAACAGUUGUAACCAAGGAUAUAUUGGUAAUUCUUUAAGGAUACUAUUUAAAAAAUGAGAGAAAAAGAAAACACACAAAUAACAGAAUCUGAGAUAAAGCCCCUCUGGUCAUCCGUUGCUUCAUUUGAUUUCUCUAGGAUCAUAUCCACUUCAAUAAAGGCUGAGAUGGACAUUCUUAAAUGUUAUGUUAUCCCUUUUACAGGCUUCAAAUUAAAAAAGCACCAUGCUCUGGAUAAACAUUUGUUGCCUCUCAGAACUUCUCCAUGACCGUUUUCCAUUGACAUGACUGUAGAUCGUAAGACUGUGUCAGAGCAACAUGGGAAAUGUAUUUUGAAGGCUUGUGCAUGUGUAUGUGUGUUUUCUGUGCGUGUGCAACAAUCCCCAGUGAGAUACAAAGCUGUGAUGUGCCUUUGAUCUACACCAUACCACCAAAUACUCCAACACAGUACCUUUACUGAUUUCUUUGCUAUUUCUACAAAAUUAAUAAUUCUGCUCCGUCUGACAUAAAAACUGCUUUGAUCUUUUUUAUUAUGUUGAACUCCAGUGAACAAAAAAUGCACUUUCUAUUUUACUCACUCCUUAGAACAGUCACAUACUCCUUUUCCUAGGACAUUAAAUGGAGCUUGAAAGUA